AUGUUCAAAUUCAUCGUUGUACUCUUCGCCGCUCUCAUUGCCUGCGCUGUUGCUAAACCCGGUAUCCUGGCUGCUGCCCCAUUGGCUUAUGCUGCUCCCGCCGCUGUUGUUGCUGCUCCGGCUCCCGUGGUGACCGCCACCAGCAGCCAAGUGAUCGCACGCAACUACAAUGGUAUCGCUGCUGCACCAGUUGUUGCUCGUUAUGCAGCCGCUGCACCUUUGCUGGCUGCUCACUAUGCUGCUGCUCCAUUCGCCGCUCCAGUAUUCUCCCAUUAUGCCGCUGCUAAUCUUCCAGCUGCUUUUUUGUAA